AGUUCCGGAUUAACUUAAGGUCGAGAUAAAACUGCGAACGUGUGUCGCACCAGCCCAGAGUCGCGUCGGUUGUUUUCUCAUACUGACAGAGAAACAAAUUUAGUUUUUGAAAAUGCCAAGAGGAAGCAGAAGCCGGCCCACCAGGAUGAGCCCUCCCGCCAGCCGGGCACCACCAUCACCUCCACCAAUGGCCAGAGCGGCACCUCCCUCAUCUCACGCUCCGGUCCCCAUGCAGACCCCUCCGUCUGCAGUGGGCGCACCAGCCGCAGCGCCCAGACAACCUGGUUUAUUUGCACAAAUGGCAUCGACAGCCGCUGGCGUGGCGGUGGGCUCUGCAGUGGGACACACCAUUGGUCACGCCAUGACUGGAGCCUUCAGUGGAGGACAGUCUGACGCUGCCAAGCCUGACGUCACGUACCAGGAGCCGUACCAGCAGCAGGCAGACCAACAGCAGGGGGUGUGCUCCUACGAACUCAAGCAGUUCCUGGAAUGUGCUCAGAACCAGAGUGACCUGAAGCUCUGUGAAGGAUUCAGCGAGGUGCUCAAACAGUGCAGGUCUGCUAAUGGUUUUUCUUGAGAUGGAGACAAACUCCUGCAGAGUUGAGAUCACAUGUCAGCUCACCAGAUACUAGUGGAGUGUAAUCUUUAAGGGAUCAAUGAGUCAAUCAAUAAACAUGCUUUAUUUAAAUAAUUGAGUUUGGGCAACAUCAUUUUGUUGGGAGAACACUGCUGUGGAGUUUGUAAUCAUAGUCUUAUAAAUACUGUUUAUAUAUCUUGGUGUUAUGUUUUGAGUUAAGUGUAAUUUAGACUGUUUUUCAUUAGCAGUGCUUUUAUUCUAAAAUCUCAAAACCCACAGGAUGUAUAGAAUAAAGCUACCACUUCUCAUCUUAUGGUUUAAUUGUAACUCGGAAAAAACAAAUAAAGCACUUGGAUGAUAA